AUGUCUCAAACAGCAAACAAAGAUGCUCAACCAUUGGUACAAAACCAUAUUGGAACAAAUGAUCUCGAAGUCGUUAAGACUGAAGAGUUGAGAGUUCGAGUUUUUAUCCAACCUGAGGCUCAUACUUCUAUAACUUGA